AUGUCGGAACUCAUAGAUCUAGUCACCCAUCUAUUCGAAUCGAUAUCCGAGCUCUAUACGCUGGUUCGAGACCGCUUUAGCAAUAACAUCAGCGAGUCAUUUACGUCUAUGACGGCGAAGGAAUGGAUUCGGCUAGUCAUCAUCGUUGGUGCAUAUGCAUUACUACGACCGUAUAUCAUCAAACUCGGCGCCAAGCACCAAGAAAAGCAGCUCGAGAAACAGUUUGCAGAAGAAGACGCAAAGCAAGCGGAAAUAUCGCCUAAUCAAUUACGCGGCGAAGUCGGUAUACCUGAAGAUAGCGACGACGAUAACGAGGAACAAGCAGAAACUACGGCUUCGGAUUGGGGAAAGAAGGCACGGAAGCGCCAGAGGAAUAUGAUAAAGAAGUUGCUGGAUGCUGAAGAAAAGAGACUACAAGAGCUACAAGAAGACGAAGAGGAUAAGGAUAUUGAACAAUAUCUAGUGGCAGACGACUAG